AUAAAUCUGUAGUACCACAGGUUUGCCUGCUAGUGUCGCUGUCAAUAAAGAGGCACGGCUCAUUGGCUGGAUACCUCCUUGACUAAAAUUGCUUACGUCACUCAGCUCUUCCUCUUCUCUCGCCGUCGUAGUGGGGAAAGGACUGCGGUCAAAAUGUCGUCCCACAAGACUUUCAGGAUCAAGCGCUUCCUGGCCAAAAAGCAGAAGCAAAACAGGCCCAUUCCUCAGUGGAUCAGAAUGAAGACUGGGAACAAGAUCAGGUAUAACUCCAAGAGGAGACACUGGAGGAGGACGAAGCUGGGCCUGUAGACAUGUUACACAGAAUCCAUCCUCCAUUCCAUCAAAGGACCGCCAACUGCCAGGGUGGAGCCACAGCUAUUUUGUACACCCUGGCUCUAUGUUCCAUGUUUGAAAAUUAAAGAUCUGUAAUCAAACAUA